CCAUUUUUGUAGUCUCAGUAUCCUCAAACCCCAAUACCGCUCUAGAAUCCCCCAAAUUUCUCUACUCCCGCCACUUCUCUUCCCACUGAAUCCCUAAAACUUCCCAUGUUCACCAACUUUCCCGGAAAAUUACAUCACGUUUCCCCCAUUCCAAACAAAACCUACACCAUUUUUAUCAUUCUACCCUGAUUCAUCAGAACCCUAACAUCACUGGUCCAAAUUCAGAAAACUCCAAACCGAAAAAAGUGAAAAACCAUGCCAUCGUUGACUUCUCCAGGAAAAAUACUUCGACUAGAGCUUAAUAACUUCAAGUCCUACAAGGGGCUUCAAACUAUAGGUCCCUUCUCUGACUUCACUGCCAUUAUUGGACCGAAUGGGGCCGGCAAGUCGAAUCUCAUGGACGCAAUAAGCUUUGUUCUCGGAGUCCGAACUGGUCAGCUACGUGGAACCCAACUCAGAGACUUAAUCUAUGCUUUCGACGACCGUGAGAAGGAGCAAAGUGGCCGACGUGCAUUUGUGCGAUUAGUUUACCAACUUGCCGGUGGUUCCGAACUCCGUUUCACCCGUACCAUCCUCCCUACUGGCGGUAGCGAGUAUCAAAUCGAUGGCAGUAAUGUCAACUGGGAUGAGUACAAUGGAAAGCUAAGAUCACUUGGUAUUCUCGUUAAGGCCCGAAAUUUUCUUGUUUUUCAGGGUGAUGUCGAGUCCAUUGCUUCAAAAAAUCCCAAAGAACUUACGGGGCUGCUCGAACAGAUUUCGGGUUCUGAAGAACUUAAGAGGGAUUAUGAGACUUUGGAAGAGCAAAAAGCUAGGGCUGAAGAAAAAUCAGCGCUUAUUUAUCAGAGGAAGAGGACAAUCGUGAUGGAGAGAAAACAAAAGAAAGAACAGAAGGAAGAAGCUGAGAGGCACUUCCGCUUGCAAGAUGAGCUGAAAUCUUUGAAAAAAGAGCAUUAUUUAUGGCAAUUGCAUAACAUAGAGAAGGACAUUGACAAAUUUGCCGAUGACCUCGACUCUGAAAAGAAGAAUCGCGAGGAUAUAAUGCACGAGCUAGAACAUUAUGAAGCUGAAGCACUCAAAAAGAAGAAGGAACAGGCUAAGUACCUAAAGGAGAUUGCUCAGUGUGAAAAAAAGAUUUCCGAGAGAAGAAUUAGACUUGAUAAAAGUCAACCAGAGCUUAUGAAAUUAAAUGAAGAAAAGUCUCGCAUAAAUUCAAAAAUCAAGAGUAAUAGAAAGGAGCUUGAAAGAAAAAAGGAAGAAAAGAGGAAACAUGGUGAUGAUAUAAAAGAAUUACAGAGAGGCAUACAAGAUUUGACUGCGAAGUUGGAAGACUUAAAUGAAAAAAGUCGUGAUGGUACUGGGAAGCUCCCUUUGCUUGACAGUCAACUUACUGAGUAUUUCCAAAUUAAGGAGGAUGCUGGGAUGAAAACUGCCAAGUUAAGAGAUGAGAAGGAGCUUCUGGAUAGGCAGCAACAUACUGAUAUUGAAGCUCAAAAGAAUUUGGAAGAAAAUCUCCAACAGUUGAGUAAUAGGGAGCAUGAGCUGGAAGCACAGGAGGACCAAAUGCGAGCUAGACUGAAGAAGAUUCUUGAUACCUCUGCUAAACAGAAGGGUGAGCUUGCAGAUCUUAAAAAGGAACUGCGAGAAAUGCAAGAUAAACACCAGAAGUCCAGAUCCAAGCACGAGAACUUGAAGUCGAAAAUUGCUGAAAUAGAAAAUCAGUUACGUGAACUGAAAGCUGAUCGAUAUGAAAAUGAGAGGGAUACUAGAUUGUCUCAAGCUGUUGAGACUCUGAAACGCCUGUUUCAAGGUGUUCAUGGUCGCAUGACUGAUCUUUGUAGGCCAACUCAGAAAAAGUACAAUCUUGCUGUCACUGUUGCCAUGGGAAGAUUUAUGGAUGCUGUUGUUGUGGAGGAUGAAAAUACUGGAAAGGAAUGUAUUAAGUAUUUGAAAGAGCAAAGGCUUCCUCCUCAGACUUUCAUCCCACUUCAGUCGGUACGUGUGAAGCCAAUCAUUGAAAGGUUACGCACUUUAGGUGGCACAGCAAAGCUGAUCUAUGAUGUGAUCCAAUUUGAUCCUGCUUUGGAGAAGGCAGUUCUUUUUGCUGUUGGCAAUACUCUAGUUUGUGAUGACCUUGAAGAAGCUAAGGGUCUUAGCUGGACUGGAGAGAGGUUUAAAGUUGUAACUGUUGAUGGGAUUCUGCUCUCGAAGUCUGGUACAAUGACUGGUGGUACAAGUGGUGGAAUGGAAGCCAGGUCAAACAAGUGGGAUGAUAAGAAAAUUGAAGGUCUGAAAAAGAAAAAGGAGCAGUUUGAAGCUGAGUUGGAAGAACUUGGAUCAAUUAGAGAAAUGCAGCUAAAGGAGUCUGAAACAUCUGGGAGAAUUAGUGGACUUGAAAAGAAAAUCCAGUAUGCUGAUAUUGAGAAGAAAAGUAUAGAAGACAAGCUUAAAAGCUUGAAGCAGGAGAAGAAAAAUAUUAAGGAUAGGAUUGGACAUAUAACUCCUGAGGUUCAAAAGUUGAAGGAUGUGACUGAUAAGAGGAACAAAGACAUCACGAAGCUGGAGAAGAGGAUUAAUGAAAUUGUUGAUCGACUGUUCAAAAAUUUUAGUCAGUCUGUAGGGGUGGCAAACAUCCGUGAGUAUGAAGAAAAUCAGCUCAAGGCUGCCCAGACUAUGGCAGAAGAGAGGCUUAGCUUGAGUAAUCAACUUGCAAAGUUGAAGUAUCAGUUGGAGUAUGAGCGUAAGCGAGAUGUAGAAUCAAGAAUUAAGAAGCUGGAAUCUUCUAUCAGUUCCUUGGAAAAUGAUUUAAAAGUGGUUCACAAAAAAGAGGCUGAGGUUAAGCUGGCAACAGAAAAGGCUUCUGAAGACAUCCACCGAUGGAAGGAAGAAAUGAAAGAGUGGAAAUCUAAGUCAGAAGAGUGUGAAAAAGAAAUUCAAAAAUGGAAGAAGCAGGCUUCUGAAGCCACAACAUCCAUAUCCAAACUUAAUCGCCAAAUAAAUUCUAAGGAGACUCAGAUUAAUCAACUGGAUGAACGGAAGGCGGACAUUAUUGAAAAGUGUGACUUAGAGCACAUUGAGCUUCCUAUCCUUGCAGAUCCAAUGGAAACUGAAUCUUCAAAUGGGAAGGAGUACGAUUUUAGUCAGUUAAAUCGAUCUCUUCUGCAGGAUCGAAGGCCUUCUGACAGGGACAAGAUUGAGGCAGACUUUAAACAAAAAAUUGAUGCUCUAGUGUCGGAAAUUGAAAGAACUGCUCCUAAUUUGAAGGCUCUUGAUCAAUACAAGACUCUGCAAGAGAAGGAAAGAGAUGUAACUGAAGAAUUUGAAUUAGCCAGAAAAGAGGAGAAGCAAGUAGCUGAUGCUUACAAUUCAGUUAAGCAGAGGAGAUAUGAGUUGUUCAUGGAAGCUUUCAACCACAUUUCUAGCAAUAUCGAUAGGAUCUACAAACAGCUAACAAAGAGUGGUACACAUCCAUUGGGUGGGACAGCAUAUUUGAACUUAGAAAACGAGGAUGAUCCUUUUUUACAUGGUAUCAAAUACACAGCUAUGCCACCAACAAAGCGUUUCAGGGAUAUGGAACAACUAUCUGGUGGAGAAAAAACUGUUGCAGCACUUGCACUUCUCUUCUCCAUCCACAGCUACCGGCCUUCACCCUUUUUCAUUUUGGAUGAAGUGGAUGCUGCAUUGGAUAACCUAAACGUUGCAAAAGUAGCAGGAUUCAUCCGUUCGAAAUCAUGUGAUGGUGCAAGGGCGAGCCAGGACACUGAAGGCAGCAGUGGUUUCCAAAGUAUCGUGAUAUCACUUAAAGAUAGCUUUUACGACAAGGCUGAGGCUUUGGUCGGGGUUUAUCGGGAUUCAGAUAUGGGCUGCUCGAGAACAUUGACGUUUGACUUGACGAAAUACCGGGAGGCAUGAAGGAAAAUGCAGGUUGCAGGGCUUGUUAAUUAUUUGUACAAUGUUGAAAAUACUUGUAUAUACUGUGUGAUUGCUUUGCACAACAAAUGCUACGCAGUUAAAUCUUUGAUGUUUUUGUAUCUGAACAAAAAUGCUUGGGCAGUAAGUUAGUGACUGAAGGCUUUUGUACCUCUUUCCAUUGUAGCCAACACAAUUAUAUUAGUAAUCAAUCCAGCUAGGUCUAGGAGUUUAGCAACCCUUCUUAAAA